AUUGACUCAUAACAAUUGUAGUGUUGUUUUUUCUGUGCCCUCCCGUCCGACUGCGUCUUGUAUUGAAAUUUAAAGUAACUUUUUAAAUCACGGACGUGGGGAGCUACAGUGGUCAAGGCCAUGCUGAGACUUUAAUACUGCGCUGUACGAUAAUCGCACACACAGAUAGUAGAAGCACAAGAGCGCGUAUCCUGUGGACUCGCACCGAAGGUUUGUACACUGCAGCUGCUGCGUUUGCGAGCACUUCUUUCUCGUCGAGAUCAGCUUUCGGCGGAUCAUAUCUUCGGACGCACGAACUUCGUGGCUCACCCUGCUACGGCUCAUCUAACCAAUCGAACAUUAGGCACAUGAUAGCAAGCUUGAUGUGUUAACCGCAGAGAACCGCAGGAGCUUCUGGAACGCUAUUAUCAGGCCUGCUCAUACCACAACACUAGCAUUUUCCUACUUCGGUAGGAGUACACUACUGUAGUUGUUGUCCUGAAGUAUAAUUUUCUUGCUUGUGAAGCCAAUUUCACGGAAAAAUUUUACCUCAGAUUUUACGUUGACAAUUCUCCUUGUCGAAGCUAACAAGUUCGUUGUACUUGGUUGAAAUUUUUAAAACAAGCUGGAAUGAGCCCCUCGACGACAAAACGGGCGCUACUGACGCUUUCCACUACUGUGUACAACUCCCCGCUUGCUCAUGGUACCCGGUAACCCCUGCUUUUGCACCCCGCUUUUUCAAUGCACAACGAAAAGUUAUACUCACCUUGAACAAUUUUUUAUUUCGUUUUGAACAAUAACUGAACUAAAAGACCAUACGACAUACACAGACAUAUCCUAUCGAUGGUCGUAGCCGCACUACAGCAGGAGCGAUCCUAAAAUUGUACCUUACAUAUUGCUUUACCCAUUGAAGAAGAAAAUCACGGCAAACGAGAUCGAAAUAUAGUACAUAAUCGCUACGGCUAUCGUAAAAAAUCCCCCGUACGAGGAAGGAGCUGCCUUUCCUGAACAUAAACAAAAAGCGCUACAAAAAUAAAGUAGUUUAGUCCAGCUACCCGGCGAAAUGACAUUUUCAGCAUUGACCGCCGCGGUCCGCGAGCAGGAUCAGAUGUUGUUGAAGGCGCGGACGCUGAGCAAGCACGAAGAGCCGGCGUCGCAGGAGCAACUCCAGCCGGGGCGGCGGACCAGCUCGUUUCGGGAAUUUCUGACGCCCACCCCCGAGUUUUCCGAUGUUUCUUCCGCGGAGUCGAUCGCGGCGCUCUGUCGCCAGCACGUGCCCCAGUGGACGAAUUCGGAAGUGCACGUGAGGAAACUGACGGAGGGACUCACCAACCAGCUGUUCCAGGUUUCCCUCGUGUUGCCCGAUUCGGAUGUGGACGUCAGCACCACUUCCGUCGAUGACAUCAACAGCCAAAAUAGCAACCCGACGCCGCAAGCCCUGUCAAACUCGCCCGCCAGCCUCGACGGUCGUGUAGGGGGUGGUGCACGACCCGAACCCGCUUUUGUCAUGAGCUACGCGGCGACAACCACAGGAGCGGCCGAUGGUACAACUACGACGAGUGGUCUGCAAGGAACUACAACUACUACUGCUGCUGCGACGACACAUCAAGAGCCUCCUCUUAGGUUGCCAGAAGUCGUUGGAACAAAUGGUGCCACCUCGGACGUCGCUGCAGCAGUAUCAACAAAGCCGAAUAAAAGCAAAGAAGUUAUUCUGGAUCAGAACACGACCAGCAUCACCUCAAGUAGCACCUACGCGACGUCGAACGGGGGCGUCAUCAUCCCGAGUCCGCGUCCGACCACCGAGGCAGUGAGUAUUCUACCACUUCCCGGACAGACCUCCGCAGCCAGCCCGCGGCAAGCAGUGGCACCGCUCAUAACGGUCGUGCUCUUUCGCAUCUAUGGGAAAGAUAUCCAUAACUUUUACGAUAGCGACGUCGAGGUGCGCAUUUUUGAGGCCUUGUCUCGACUUCGGAUCGCACCGAGGAUGUACGCAAAAGGAGACGGAUGGAGAAUCGAGGAAUGGCACUUCGCAAAACCGGUCUCCACACAGAUCAUGGACAACCCAAGCAUAUAUUGCCAGGUAUAAUCCUUGUAUGUUUUGUCGCUGAUAGAUACUCACUGCAAUGUGCUUGCUACUCGUACUAGUCUCGUGCGUGCAGCAACAGAAUUGUAAGUAGUUCCAAACCAAUUGGAUUUGAAUAAAACCCUCUCAUCUCCAGAUCGCCUCCCACCUGGGUCGGUUUCACAAGCUUGCCUACGCGGACGAGUUUGCGCCGUUUAAAAACAACCAGCCGACGGUAAUGAAAUGGCUGGACACCUGGGUCGAGCGGGCUUGGGCGGCGGACCAGGAGCGACCGGAGUCGUUUUUUGCGAAGUACCCGGAGAUGGCGGAAAACGCGAAGAAACAGGCGGUUUACUUGAAAACGGAGCUCGAAAAACAUCUUUCCGGCGAUCAAAAAACAACGCCACUGGGCUUCCGAGUGGUCUUCUGCCACAACGACUGCCAGGAAAACAACGUCUUGCAGACGCAAUACGGCUUGAGACUAAUCGACUUCGAAUACAGCGGCUUCAACUUUCAAGGGUAUUUAGGAUGGUGUUGCUUUGGUUUUUGUAUGUAUUCAACUACGCUUGGUAUACCAGAUUUCUGAUUGCUUCAGCAUCUGUGAGUUCUCUCUUUUUUUUUUGUGAACUAGCAUGGAGAAUUCGAACUGAAUUUCCCACUCCUCGACAGGCACGACAUCGCAAACUUCUUCAACGAGUGGCUGAUAGACUACAUCGUGGAUGACCCGCCGUAUUUCAAAGUGGACGAGGCCCGCGGUCCCUCGGAAACGGAUAUGAAACUCUUAUGACAAUGCACAACUCCCCCUCCCCCUCAUUUGUAUAGCAUGAACGGCAAUACAAGCAUCCGCAAGAGCGUCGGUUUUGCAUGACAAAUUUGCACUGGAUUGUAGUGCUCUUUGGGCUUCCAGGAUUUGUCAUGCAAACAGUGCUACAAGGCAGCAGCUGGAUUCGGGAUUUUGCAUUGCAAAUGAGGGGGAGGGGGAGUUGUGCACUUUCAUAACUCUUCGCCAGCGUCUACUUGUCCGAGUUCCUGGAAGAGCCCGUAAAACAGGCCGAUCCCCGCGUCGCGGAGCUGCUGCACUCCCUCCACCUCUUCCGCCAGGUGUCGCACCUGCUCUGGGCCUUCUGGAGCGUCCUGCGGGCGCCGCAGAGUCAAGCCUUCGACGAAUUUGACUUUCUGGCGCACGCCAAGUGGCGGUUCGACAGUGCGUACGAUAUCUACCAGAAGACAACAGCGAAGUAAAGGUGGAGAGUGCUGCUGCAUUGGUUGAUUCCUGAGCGGAUCAUAUCAGAUGAAUAUUGAGCGUCCUCCCUACAACUGCUUUGUGGGCGAGCUAUUCUCUCGUUUCGAUUUUCAACCACGACGCUUCUGCUUAGGCGACCGACACUGAUACGAAAGCUCCUUCUACCCCUUAAUUUCAAAAAGAGAAAGACAUUGCGCACAUAGACUUGACGAGAUACGCCUCCAUGUUGCCAACAUGAAAAUAUAACAACCCGAAGAGGACCAACUCAUAA